AUGAAAUCAUACUGCACAGAGCUGUUAGCUUACCGUGAAGCGUCUGUAGAGAAAGAAAAUAUCCAGGAAGAGGAACGUGAAGCUUCUGUAGAAAAGGAAAAUAUUCAGGAAGAGGAAUGUGAAGCUUCUGUAGAAGAAGAAAAUGUUGAGGAAGAGGAACGUGAAGCUUCUGUAGAAGAAGAAAAUGUUGAGGAAGAGCAACGUGAAGCUUCUGUGGAAGAAGAAAGUAUUCAGGUAGUGGAUUGUGGAACUUCGUCUGCUUCCACCAACCGAGACCCCUCACUAAAUGGGGGUGCAAGAGCUAAGAGAGGAUCAAAAAGGAGCAAGUCCGACAAAGAGCCGGAAACUGUUUCAGUGCAAAGUAAAUUUCGCAAACAGCAUGAUAAGAAGAAGCAGGCAUCUACCACUUCGACUCCUCCUACCAAGAGAUCCACUAGGAUAUCAUCUUCGGCUAUGGGAACUGGAAACGUAGUGACAGAAGAAUUUGCUUCUCCUAAGAGUUUGAGAAAACAUGAAAAACCAUCAUGA